AUGUCUACUUCUCAGACGCAGACACAACCCACACCCAUGACCUCCGUGGUCGAAACCUCAAGUGACAACGAUGGCCUGACCAUCCGUGUAGCGCUUAGACAAGAUCCCAUGUCCAUCACGUUAGACGGCCCUGCCAUCUUCACACUUGCCACCUCCCUCAUCCUCACCGUGCACUUCUUCCAGCCCUCCAUCGUUGCUCUUUUGGUUGGGGUCGCACCCAUACUUCUCUAUAUCCAGAACGAUUACUACAACUUCCUGAAGCUCGGCCCCGGGGGCACCCCAGCUACCGUGCAGGGCUACCUGCGCAUCAAUUGGUUCAAGAUCUGGGCCUUGAGAGACCCCUUUGAGCCGCCACGGCCAGAUCCUACCAGCAAACCAUCCUGGGGGAUCCUGAGCAGCAACCCUUUGCCCUACCGGGGCGGCCCACGGCCGACAGUGGCCGGGAUCGCACCGCAAAGACAGGUAGACCAGCACGGCUCGAGGGAAUGCUACGUUGCGCUGCGGAAGAUCCUCGAGGCGCACGGCAGCCGGCACGGCGAGGACAUCGGCAUCGGGACGUCGUGCUUCGAGAAGCACGGGCUGGGGCUGUUCGCGCGGUUCCCCGUCAACAACACGUGCCAGGGCGAGAUCUGCCACGUCCACAACUCGGACCACUCGAUGCACAUGAACCUGCACCCGGACGACGUCAAGGAGGUGCUGGCCAAGGGCUGGGGCCAGCGCCACCCGCUGGCCUGGCAGGGCUGGCUGAUGCGCAUGCCCGUCCCCAGCCAGUUCGUCAUGGUCUACGCCCCGCGCACCCUGGACGAGGUCCGCGUCGUGUGCCGCAUCAUCGAGGCCGCCGGCUGGUGGGUCAUGGCCAAGCGCGAGGACAUCGAUACGCUGGGCAUGGCGUAG